UUUGAGAAACUUCUUUUCACUUCCUGCUCUGGAGGUAAAACAGGAAGUGAGAAAAUCUCCAAAGUAAGAGAAAAUCUUUUAAAAGGUUGUCCAAGAACAAAUGUCCUCACUGGAAGAUUUCCACUCAACUUCUGUUCUAGUGACUGCCUUAAAAUUUUGAUUUCCGAUCGCUUUCUCAGUUGCGGACUAACAACUCAUGGGGCCCCCGGGCAACAGGGUAUCAUGGGGCCCCUGUGUCCUUGCCCAAACUCAAAAAAGCCUAUGAAAAAGGUACCAGGGGCAUCUCAUGGGGCCCCCUACUGACCCUGGGCCCGCGGGCAGUGCCCGAGUUUCCAAAUGGUCAGGCCGCCCCUGGUUU